AAGUUGCUCAUCAGUGAAAUUUUCUCGGACGUUGUGCUCAUUGUGGGAGAUGAGAGAUUCCCAGUGCAUCGGACGGUCAUGGCCGCGAGAAGCCCUUAUUUUCGAGCGUUAUUUUUUGGUGGCAUGAAGGAGUCCCUCGAAUCUGAAGUGGUGCUAAAUGACCCACCGGUUGUUGCCUUCAAAGCUAUUUUGGCAUACAUCUACUCUGGGAAGCUCAAGUUCUCUGACAUGUCGGAGGAGUCCAUUCUAGACACACUGUCCCUUGCUCAUCAAUACGAGUUUCCAUCGUUGGAAGUGUCCAUUGCACAAUACCUGCAAGCUCUGUUGACAGUUGGAAACGUUUGUCAAAUCUACGACUCUGCGUCGUUGUACGGGCAAAAGAAAUUGGCGGAGACUUGUUUGCGAUUUAUGGACAGUUGUGCGGAUUUGGUUCUUAAGCACGAAAGCUUUUUGCAUCUGAGCCAG